AAAUUAACGACGAAGAAGAACGAGUCUGUUUCUGCCCGGUCCGUUUUAUGGGAGCACUACCGACUAAACAUGGCAAACCAUCUCCGCUUCGUUGCACGUACAGUAAUGGUUCAAGAAGGCAAUGUCGAUGCCGCGUACAAGACUUUAAACAGAGUCCUGGCUCAUGAUGGCGUCAUUGAGGCUGUGAAGCGGAAACGCUACUUUGAGAAGCCAUGCCGAGAGCGACAGAGGAAAAACUUUGAGAACUGCAAGCGUAUCUACAACUCCGACAUGGCCAGGAAGAUAGCCUUCGUCUCCAGGACGUACAGAGACGAUGCCUGGGUGGGAUGUUAAAUCAAAGGAAACGCUAGGAUUGCGGGACCAGGUGGUUAAACGAAGAAAAACGAAAGUGAUGAAUUCCUUGUGAACUUUGAGGAAUAUAACUAGAUUGGGUCCUGCAAUUCAUUGACUGAUGUAUACCCCAGAUGUAAAAGGAAAUAUGUGCAUCUUUUUGACAGAAUUGUCCAUGUUAUUUAAAUAAUUGGCAGUGCCUCGAAUAUGUUUCAAUCUAUAUUGCUACACUCUGAUUAUUGAUUUUGACUAUUUCAUCUCCAGAUUUGUAUCAUGUUUAGCAAACAUAAAAUUGCAUGAACUCAGUCGUACAACUGCUUCUUAGGUAGGAUCCCUUUUUAGUUUUGUUUUCAUCAAUGUGGCUGGUUUUGCCAAACAAUAACUGUAAAUAAAAAAUAAAAAAUUAUGCAC